AUGUUUAGGCAGUCUAAGAGAAGAGUGCUCAGUCGAAAGAACUUUGAUGAUCAGUCCACUUCAUCAUCGGGUAAAUUCAUUAUGAGUGCUACGUCCUCAGAAGAGGAAAAACAAUUAUACGAGAGCUUGUAUCAAUCCAAACUAUCGUUCUACAAUGCCCCUCCAAGGGGUGAAAUCACACUUGAACAGUUUGAAGUAUGGGCGAUAGAUAGACUCAAGGUUUUGCUAGAAAUCGAGUCGUGUAUCCAGCGGAACAAAUCGGUAAAGGAGAUGGAAAUGAUUGUCAAACCACUUUUGCAAAAGCUUCUUCCUUCCUCAACGGCCAGUUUGCUGGAACGCAAGAAGGACUAUUACUCGCACUUCAUAUUGAGACUGUGUUUUUGUCGAUCUAAGGACUUGCGUGAGAAAUUCAUUCGGUCUGAAACUACCCUACUGAAGCUGCGCUUCAACAUGAUGACCUCCCAUGACCAGGCGAAAUUUGUGAGGACUUUAGACUUGCCCUUUCUACAAUUCAUUUCAGAUCAAGAAAAAGAAGAAUUAUCCGCGGAACUCUACCAAACCAUUUCCAGCGCUUUGCAAUUUCAAUUGAACCUUACCGAUGAAAAUCAGCGCAGACAGUACUUCAACCAGGAAAAGUUCAUAAAGCUGCCUUUUGAAUCGGUAAUCGAUCUCGUGGGAAGUAGACAAGUUUUUAUCAAAAAAGGAUAUGCUUACUUACCUCAGUUUCAACAACUUAAUCACAUCGCUAAUGAGUUCUCGAGUAUGUUAUCUGAAGCAUUGUUAAGAACGUUUCAAAACAUACCGCGUUUGAAUGAAGAUGAUCGGUUGCUGCCUAUUCUCAGCCAUCUCUCAUCUGGAUACGACGUUUCGAAUUUCUUGCAGCAGGACAUGUUCAGUCAAGCUUCUCAGGGAGACGUCAAUGCGACAAGCGUUUAUUCUGAAAAGAUUAGAGAGAACUUUCCCCUUUGUGCUAAAAACCUCAUGGGAGGUCUAAAGGCUAACCGUCAUUUACGCUAUCAAGCACGUCAGCAAUUAUCCUUUUUCCUCAAGGGUAUUGGGAUGAGCGUAGACGACGCUCUACAGUUCUGGUCAGAUGCCUUCACUAGUGGCGGUAAUAUGACCACUGAAAAGUUCAACAAAGAAUACAGGUAUAAUUUCAGACACAACUAUGGCCUCGAAGGUAAUCGAAUCAACUAUAAGCCUUGGGACUGUCGAACGAUUCUUUCGAAACCUAGGCCCUCGCGUGGGGAAUUUCAUGGCUGCCCCUAUCGCGAUUGGAACGUUGACAAGCUAACUUUGGAGCUGUCACAGGGCAUGAAUUUAACUCCUGCUCAGGUUACCAGCGUUCUAGAUAGUGUACAACGUACUGAAUAUACUGUUGCGUGUACCAAGGUGUUCGAAAUUACACAUGGCGGUUCGACUAGUGUUGAGGUGAAUGAUCAAACACACAUCUCUCACCCUAACCUGUACUACGAAAGAUCACGACAAUUCCAAAAAAAGCCGAGCCCUCGGUAG